UACAGGAGUUUGGCUGCUGGGCUUGUGCUGCUCCCAAAGGCAUUUUCGGUGGCACGUCCCAAACUCUUUAGAUUUUUGAUCCCUAAGAGCAGUGAUGGUGGUUUGGAACGUGAGUUAUGUCCCGCUCCUACAGCAGGUAGCAGCGUGCUGUCUCUGAAACCUCCCAGCCAGCUCCUCUCACGAUAGUGUAAUAAAUACGGGAAUAGAGUGAUAUUGCACAGCAACCUUCCAGUACCAGGAGGGGCUACAAGAAAGCUGGGGAGGGACUGUUUCCAAAGGCUUGUAGUGAUAGGAUUAGGGGCAAUGGGUAUAAACCCGAGAGGGGCAGAUUUAGGCUAGAUUUAAGGAGGAAUUUCUUGACUGUGAGAGUGGUGAGGCGCUGGCACAGGUUGCUCCGGGAAGUUGUGGUUACCCAUCGCUGGAGGUGUUCAAGGCCAGGUUGAGUGGGGCCUUGGGCAGACUGAUUUAGUUGAACAUGUCCUUGCCUAUGGCAGGGAGGUUGCAACUGGAUGAUCUUUAAGGUCCCUUGCAAACCAAACUGUUCUAUGAUUCUGUGAUAAUAAAACAUAACCUCUUGUCCUCUAGCUGACAUGUAAGCAAACACACUGUCCAUUUUGGGUUUCUUUGUAGAUUGCUCUGUAUAUACCUAUGUAUGUACUGAUACGAUACACUACCUUAUGGUGUUUUGAGGAUGCACUGCCUUUUCAUGUUUUCUAAUGCAACCUCAUCUGGGGCUUAGGUCUUCCAUAACGCACACUGAGGUGUUGCUGUCAUUAAACUUGUAAUUAAUGUCCUCAUCUGUAACUGAUGGAAAGGCCAUUGCUAAUGAAAUCAUUAUUGGACAAAAGAUAAGAGGGAUCAUCAAUACAGAAGGCUCAGAAUGUUGUAAAGAAGAAUGAGAGUGUGAGAGUCAAAAUAACAAGUGAAUGCCAUACAGGAAUACAAAAUGCAACGCUGUGUGGAAGCACAGUUCUUGAAAAUAGUAGUUCAACCUAUAAUCUGAAAUGAGGUGUCAGGCUUUCCUUGGAUAUUUACUUCAGAUGCAGCAGGUCUGUUUAAUAGACUUUACUGGUGCAUAUUGAACUGGCCAUAGGAUUAUUCUGUAUACUGUAGCCUACAUGCUGUCUUGGAUUCAGUGCUUAAAGUUGGGGGAACAGAGCAAUGGCUUCUCAUGGGAGAUAGCACUUCUGAAGUAACGAUCAGUGGGGAGCACUGGGAGAGAGAGUGAGCAGCUCACUGACUUAGGUAGUUCUGAGUAAGUUCACAAAAUUUACUCCUAUUCAGUAUGGAGACAAAGAAGCUAGGAGUUUUUCUGAAGUGAGUUUCAGAGCUGAGCCAAGUAGUGCUGCCAAGGUUGUACUGGUGUCAUUUCCUCUGCUUUAACUGGAAGUGGUAAAUAACACUCCAUAUUGUAUUACUGGAAGUAGCAAGUAACACAGCAUAGUGUACUAAGCCCUAGCGAAAAAUUUUCUUGGACCUUAGUACUUCUGUAAUUCUUGCACAAUCAGUGACAAAGCAUCUAAAGACAUUUAUGAAACUUCUGGACUACCAUCUCUUCAACAUCAGUUGCCAAACUACCCACUGAAUACUACAUUCUUAUGUUGUAACAUAGUGACUUGCUGUGAAGAUUCAGUGUCACUGAAGUACUUGGAAACAGUACUUGAUGAGUGAUGCUGUCUCAGAAACCUGCAUGAGUUGUAGUUCAGAGAUAACUGUUGCCGUGUUUUAGAGUUAAUGUUAACUUUACAUUCUGUCCUGUUUGAACCACAUGGAAUUCUAAUGGAGCAGGUGCUGCUGUUUGUUGUUGGAAGAAGUAAUAAACCAGCUGUACCUGCUGAAUGCCCUGACAAGGCUGCUGUGGGAAAGGUGGAGACCAUCUGAGUUACGACUUGACUCUUGAGCUUUAACUGACCUCCAUAUAGAGUAUAAAAUGUAUUUCUUUAUUUAAUUGCAAAUCGUGGAUUAUCAGGCCUCCAUGGUAAAAAUGUCACGAUCUGGAAAAAGGCCUCUUUUAUAGUAGAAUUUCUGGCAACUGUGUUGGGAAAUCUGAAUUAAGAAGUUAGUGUCUCAGAAUGUGUCACAGUGGGAUUAAAAAGGUAGGUGGGAAGAAGAGGUGAAGGAAUUUGAGCAUACAGGCUGCCCAGGGAGGUUGUUGAGUCACCUUCCCUGGGGGUGUUUAAGGGAUGGGUGGAUGAGGUGCUGAGGGGCAUGGUUUAGGGGUUGUUAGGAAUGGUUGGACUCGAUGAUCUAGUGGGUCCUUUCCAACCUAGUGAUUCUAUGAUUCUAUACCAGAGAGAAUCUUUCAUAUAAUCUAAUAGAUAGUGCCUGCGUUGCCCUUUUUAGGAGACCAAGUUUCUGUGGACAUUUUGCCUUACGCAGUUUAACGCAGACUGGUGUACUGUCCUCAAUAAAAAGUAAAGAGUGAAGUUUUGUGGGUUUUUUUUUCCCUCUUCAUGUCUGUGGAACCAUUAGAAUAAUUAUCACCUAGCAGUUUGUACUCUGGGAAUUGCAGAGGAAACAUUUUGUCCAUUGGCUUUAUGGACCAAAUUAUAGUCAUUUGGUCAAAGAACAAAGCUUUUAGAAGCUGCCAUGUAAAGUAUGUGCUGCUUGCUUGCUGCUUAGGCUUCUUAAUCUUUUCCCUGAGUAACACAUUGCAAGUGGAACAUUCUCAUUGUACAGAUUCUCCCAUCUUUAAUGUGUUUUACAGCAAAGCUGUUUGACUGCUUCAUCCAGGUCUGAACAAAAUUCCUGUAAGCCUGUGUCACAACUCUUCCAUCUUGGGGUUGCAUGUUGUCCAGUCAGUUGUUAGGUUCCUGUUGGUUUUGAUGCUGGACGUUCCCAGCUUAGGGGCAAAUUCAUGAAUGUUUUUAAUCGUUUAGAAUGAAUAAUUUUUGGUUAUUUACAUGAACAGUUAGUUCUAGUUGUGAAUUUUCAGAGUGCAAAAACCUGUGGACCCCAUUGGAUUUUAAGAGUUAAUCAUACUUGAGAAUUAAUGAGCUUCUUGAACUAACUGAAUCACUUUUCUCUGUAAGAGAAGAUGGCCAUCUUGUGAUCCAGUUUUGAUGGUGGUUUCUGCAAAGUACCUUAAGUGUUUUAUAUCCAGAGCCUGAAGUCUGUAGGUAGUUAGUGCCUUGUCAUGUUGAAUUUGAAACUGCUAUCGGGACAGUAUUGCUGAGAGUGCUGUGAAAAACAUUUCAGUACUAUCCUCUAUCCUGUGAGUAGCAAGGCUGUCAAAGCUAGUUUGGCUGAGGCAGCUGAGUGUUUUUUGGAAGUGCUUUCUUUUUUUCUUUUUUAAGGAGGGUGGAGGGAAAGGGAAGGGAGUCGAAUCCCUGUUCCUGUUUCAAUAAACAAAAAAACAAAGAACUUGUAGUUGACAUUUCCCUUCUUAUGACAGUUAAUGUUGGAGAACUGAUGGCUUUAUUUUUUUCUCUUACGAUAUUUCUCAACUUCAUGUAAGUCAGAGUCUUGUUCACAUAGUAUUUCAUCAGUGAAUUCAUCCUUAGUGCUGCCCUUGGGGGUGGGGGGAAUAACUUUGUGAGUGCUUUCAAUUUGCUCUCACCCAUCCUAGCAUACAAUGGAGAGGGCCUUUGUUUAAAGGCGGUGACUUGACUCUUCAGUUGCUCUACCUUUUUGAGGCACUAAUUUUUUCAAUUAUUUGGUUUUGUAUUUGACUGUUUCUCUUAGGAGAGCAUUUUGUUUCCUGCUCAGUUUGUAACUGGCUAGAAUGUUCCAAAGUCAGCAGUCUAGAGCCCUGGGUGAGGAGUUUGGGUCGUGCUUUAAGUCACUACCACUGCUCUUAGGGACAAAAAACCUUUAGAACUUGGAGUCCUGCCUGUCCCAUGCUGGAGAGCACAAGAACCUUGAUGAGAAUCCUACCAGAAUGCAAUUCUGCUUCUUGGAAAUUAAGAUGCAAUGGAUCAGCUUGAGCAGAGGGUAAAUGAAUUUUUUAUGAACGCAAAGAAAAACAAACCUGAAUGGAGAGAAGAACAAAUGACAUCUAUCAAAAAAGAUUAUUAUAAGGCUUUGGAAGAUGCAGAUGAAAAAGUGCAACUGGCUAAUCAAAUAUAUGAUUUGGUAGACCGUCAUUUGAGAAAACUGGACCAGGAACUCGCUAAGUUUAAAAUGGAACUUGAAGCAGAUAAUGCUGGAAUUACAGAAAUACUGGAGAGACGAUCUCUGGAGCUGGAUACACCAUCACAGCCUGUGAAUAACCAUCAUGCCCAUUCUCACACUCCGGUAGAGAAAAGGAAACACAAUCCAUCUUCUCACCAUGGUACAGCAGAUCAUGUUCCUGAAAAGAAGUUUAAAUCUGAAGCUCUUCUAUCUACCCUGACUUCAGAUGCUUCUAAAGAAAAUACACCAGGGUGUCGAAACAGUAAUUCAUCAUCCUCUUCAAACAAUACAUACAAUACAAACUCUUCUCAACCAUUGGCAUCAUAUAACCUGGGCUCAUUAUCUUCAGGAUCCGGGGCCGGUGCAAUUACCAUGGCAGCAGCUCAAGCAGUGCAAGCCACGGCACAGAUGAAGGAAGGAAGACGAACAUCCAGUCUAAAAGCCAGCUAUGAAGCAUUUAAGAACAAUGAUUUUCAACUUGGAAGAGAAUUUUCGUUAUCCAGAGAUUCAACUGGAUACUCAUCAUCAGCUCUGGCGUCUACAUUAACACAGACGUUAAGUUCAUCAACCACAGAUUCACGAAGUGGCAGAAAAAGCAAAAACAACAACAAAUCCUCAAGUCAGCAGUCCUCAUCAUCUUCCUCUUCUUCUUCUCUAUCAUCAUGUUCUUCUUCAUCUGCACUGGCACAAGAACUGUCUCAGCAAACAACAGUAAUACCAGAGUCUGAUUCUAAUAGCCAGGUUGAUUGGACCUAUGAUCCAAAUGAGCCACGUUACUGCAUUUGUAAUCAGGUGUCCUAUGGUGAAAUGGUAGGCUGUGAUAACCAAGAUUGCCCCAUUGAGUGGUUCCACUAUGGAUGUGUUGGACUGACAGAAGCACCGAAAGGGAAAUGGUACUGUCCUCAGUGUACGGCUGCAAUGAAGAGAAGAGGCAGUAGACAUAAAUAAGUUUCUUCAUCUGGAAAACAAAUUACAAAUUAAAAGUUUUAUAGAGGACUUGGGAGGGGGAGGAACCCUCACCACACUUCCUUGCAACCACUGAAGAGUUAACCUAGCAGUCAUAAGAUCUGGAACUAUUGAUUUUGCUAGUUGUGUUUUAAUAUUGUAAGUAAAUUAUUUAAAGCAUAUUGAUGUGCUACUAUUCCAGUGAGCCUUGGAUUGUUCCAGUGGCCAGCACAUGCAGGCAUUUGUACUAUCAAACCAUUUUCUCUGAGCAGUGGGCAUUCUACAAUUAUUCAUUCUUCAAAAAAUUCUGAUAA